AAAAAAACAAAACAAAUUGCAUCUAAAGCGCCUGAACGCUCGCUGAGCAGCGCAUCGCUAGAAGAUGUCUUAGCCUCACUUUUAGGACUGCCAGCUACCUCCUCCUCCAACAGCCACAACACCAACAGCAACAACAACAGAAAUCAAGCGGCAGCGGCGAUCAAUCCAGGGUCCUCGACGACAGCAGAUUCAGCUAGUCGCUGUCAGCAGCUAGAGGUGCUGACGGCAGCGGAGCAGCAGCUACUGCGCCGUCGCAGCGAGGGUGACGCGCCCAGCCAGAAGCAGAAGCAGCUUAAUCAGUCUCAAUCCCAAACACAGACACAAACCCAAUCCCAGAGCCAGUCCCAGUCCCAGUCGCAAUCACAGUCACAGGUGCAGAGCCAGAGCAAUGCCAGUAAUCGGCGCGUAUCGCUGGGCGACUCCAACAGCCACGCCCACGCGGCGGACAAGGGCAACAGCAACAGCAUCAACAAUGGCGGCCUCUAUGGAGCUGCCGGCGAGCAACAGCUGCAGAUCAGGUGUCGCAACACCAAGUGCGAGGCCAGCGCCACGCCCGCCGAUGCCAAGAAGCUGUACAAGUCAUGCCACAAUUGUACCCAUUUAUAUUGUUCACGUGAGUGUAGGCGCGCCCACUGGGAGAAGCAUCGGAAGGCGUGCCUGCAUUCGCGCGCCUCCAAUUUGUGCCGCCAGGUGUUAGCCACCUGCAAGGAUGACGUCGACUCGCAGCGCCAUCUCAGCCUGUUGGCCCGCAAGGGCAGCCUCUCUCAGGGCCGUGGCGUGGUGCGUGUGCUCUUCCGUAGCGCCGAGGCCGCCGAAGGCUUCAUCAAGCAUGGAUUUCAGUGCAUGGGCGAGGCAUCCUAUGUACGCUGGCCAGAUCUGAUGCCAGCCGAAAUGGGUCUGGAACUGUACUCGGAGCUGCUGAAACUAAGCACUGAAUACAAGCCCGAGUCCAAGAUGCUCAUUUAUGUGGCCAUUUGCGUGGUCUCCGAGGCACCGGGCAUGGGUCAGGCACCGGUGCGCUGGGAGCGCCAGCUAGUGUCACGCUGUGCCAAGCUGAAGCUGUGCAAGACCGUGCUCGCCGAGCUGGAGCUGCAGCAGCAAGCUCUACAGCAGCCACUCGCCGUCAUGGCCGUGCCGGAGCGCACCGAGAUACUCAUACUCACCUUCAAUCCGGGCUUGCGCACCGCGCCCGGCAAUCGGGAGCUUAUAUUGUCCAACAUUUUGGACAUACUCUCACGGCGUGGAGUGCUGCUGCGCAAACACUAUCCGGAGAUCUAUCAGCGCCUGCAGACCUACACGGAGGGCCAGACGGACAAGUUCAAUCCGGUUACGCUGCACCCGCGCGACUCCCAGACGGGCCAGAGUUUCGUGUGCAUCAUCAUGCCCGUGCACACGGACAGCGAGUUCAUCAAACUGCCAUCGGCAGCGGAUGGUGGCGGGAACCGUGUGACCACCAUCGAUGUCGGCUCGCCGGCAGCUCUCGCCCAGCUGGACGACGAUGAGCUCCUCACGCGCACCAGCCCAGCGAGUUGAUUGAAGGCGACAAGCAACAGCAGCAGCAGCACCACCUGCAGCAGGCAGAGGCGUAGCGGCAGCAGCGGCAGUGCCACGCCCCCUCAUAACCUGCACGCAUAUAACGAUGCCCUGGGCUGUGGCCUGGAGAGCACGCGCAUGUGAGCAACAACAACAACAACAACUCGACCGCUUCCAGAUCUUGCUCUUGAUUAAUAUUUAAGUCUCUCUAACCAGUUGCUUCUAUUGUUCUGUACUCUAAAUAUUCAAGUUAGUUAGUCGGCUCUCCUCUGUUCAAAUUAGCUAGUUAGCUAGUGGACGUGUUAGCACUUGUGUGGCAUCUGCCACAACUCCAUAUAUCAGUAGUUCGUCCCCUCCCUCCACCACAAAAAAAAAACACUCGUUGUAUGGUACACCAAGAAUCUAAUCUAGGCUGAAACUCUUCAAAUUAUCGAAAACUAUAAUUUGGAGGGAGGACUAAAACAGAAAACCAAACAUCUAACUUUGAAUACUAACACGAUAAUAAGUCAAGCUUUACUAAAAUGCAAUAUCUCUGAGCUUACAAGUGGCAGCAUAUUUGAGUGACACGUGCAAGAGCUACACGCUAUAUAACUGAAAUGUAAGGCAAAACACAGUGGGAUCCAAAAUGAAAUGGAUAUCACUGCAAGUAGCCUCAGUCCUUUAUAUGUAUCCUGCAGCUUCCAAAUAAUGAGACAGAAACUAACACUUUGACGAUUAUAUUAUACAAUAAUAACUCGAGCAACAGUCGUAGCAUAAGGACCCACAUAUGUUUUUUUUUUUGGGUACUAAGCAAACACAAAACUAUUUCCUAUAUAAGCUGCGGCGCAACUCGAUGCAUAACCUCACUUUUUAUAAUGCAAAGUCACAUUGACACCUCAUUGACAAAACAUAUAAAAACAACUAACUACAAAUACUUAAGUAACUAUAUACAUACUUAUAUCUUCUUCUAUAUGUGUUAAACGUAACAAAAGCAAAUUGUUUGCUAUGGCCUUAUUUAAAGUUUGUUGAAUUUGUUCUGCCCAUCCAAAACGUAACAUUUCGUAGCCUUUUAAAUUAGGUUUUUAAUUUAUGUGUAAGUCAAAUGCAAGUCUAGGUUAGCUUAAAUAUACCCAUUAGUAAAUUUUGUGUACUAAAUACUAGAGUUGAAAAUCAAAAAACUAAAAAAAAUGCCCAAUAAUCAAUUUUGAAAUUCGCUUUAAACAUAGCUAAAAUAAAUAUUUAGAUCUGUAACUUCCCCCAUUUACCUUUGCUAGUUCAAAUUGCUUAACAAACACCACAGUUUAUACAUUUUUGUGUAAAUAAUACAAAUGCAACCAACAUAACAUACAUACAUACAUAUACUCAU